AAAUCCCGUCUAGUUUAAAAUGCGUCGAGAAGGAGCGAAUGCAUGAACUGCCCCCGCAUCCUAUCUUCAGACACCCAUUCAUACAUCUCUACAUUCAAAUGCCCACCGAAACGAAGAAGCUCAUAUUGGUGACCGGGAUCUCCGGUUUCGUUGGUGGACACAUAGUGCACCAGCUGGUCCAGCACGGUUAUCGCGUGCGAGGAACCGUGCGAACGCCGAAGUUCGAGUCGUACCGGAAGAACCUUGCCUUCUACGGCGACGACGUUGAGGUUAUCGCCGUCGACGACCUCGUCCGAUACGACUGGACGGACGCCCUCAAAGGCGUUGAUGGCGUUAUACACAACGCGGCGCCCCUUCCGGGUGCGAUGGCGCCUGAGGCUGCACUCGAGUUCACGGUCAGCAGCACGACGAACAUCCUGCACGCUGCGGAGAAAGCGGGAAUCAAGAAGUUCGUGAUCACGAGCAGUAUCAUCACUGUGGUCAACCCAUUCGGUUACGAAGGCGAUUACAAACUGAACGCCAACACCGACUGGAACCCGAUCACCAAGGAGCAGACGCUGGACCCUCAAACGGUCCCGUUGCUCGUGUAUCAGGGGUACAAGAAGCUGGCAGAACAGGCCAUUUGGGACUUCGAGGAGAAGCAUCCCCACGUUAACAUCACCGCCAUCCUCCCAGGUUACAUCUACGGUCCUUUCGCUCCGGAAGUCAAAGUCGGCCCGACCGAGCUCGGCACGAACAAGGUGCUGUACGACUCCUUGAAGCCUGAUGGCCUCUUCGGGUACGAGAUGUACGUCGACGUUCGCGAUACCGCCCGCGCGCUCGUACUCGGUCUCGAAGCCCCGGCAUCGAUCAAGCGCAAGCGCGUGCUCGUGCUCGCCGAGCCCGAGCUCGACUGGAAGCAGGUCGUGCCCUACCUGAUCGAGCAGCGCCCGGAGCUGAAGGAUCGUCUCCCCGACCCUGCAAAGGCGAACCCGACCGCGCCCUUCCGGGUCACGGACAACAACCUGCAGGAUUACCUGCACUUUGGCGAGUAUCUCCCGUGGCAGAAGACGAUCCUCGAUACCGUGGAUAACCUGUUGGCGCUCGAGAAAGAGUGGGCCGCUGCUAAGCAGUGAUCCGCUUACACAUGCAUGCACGCACGGACGACGUGGUUCUCUCGAUUAAACCAUCUCUUCUACUGCGCAUCCACCCCUAAUGCAACGCGUGUUGCAUUAGGGUUAUAUCUCCCUCAAAUCAGCUCAAAAUUGCCCGAAACUUUGGUAGUAGGUAGCUAGGAUGCUAUAAAUAUGCCAUCCAG